AUGUCAUCUCAAAAUCCAUAUUUAAAUCUCAGAAAUGCCUCCAAGGCAAAUUCCACUUUAUCACAAACAAGUGCCAGUGAUCCCACGGUACAAGACCAUCCACCGCGCUGGAACAGACUACAAGCUGCCGGAUUCCAAAACUUACUCUACCGAUUGGAUUUCGAGGAAAACAGUCCUAACGUGUAUACACUUUUUGUAACUAACAUGGCCCAAGUAUGGUUUGAAGAACGAGUUAUUGGAACAGUGAAUCAAACUUAUCUUGACUCCAAUAGAAAACGAUUAAUUGCCAUUAUCAAGAAACUCUCACAAGUCCUGGAUCCAACAUCCCCUAAUGUCAACAGAUCUCUACGAGUUUCCCCGACAUCUAAUGACCAAAAUGAACAUCAUAAACAAUUCUCAACCCAUUUAGGCAUGGCCAACCACCAGCUGGAACUGGCAGUGGCCCAAAUACCACAAAUACCACAACUACCACAACAACCUACAAACAUUCAACGCAAGUCCUCAUACUCUCAACAAUCCCAAUCAUUAUCACAGUCCCAGAAUACAUCUUCUGUACCUCCAGUAAACCAGUCGUUCGAAUGGACUUUCACACUUACACCCAUGAGUUCUACUGAUCCUAGGCGUCUACUUCUUCUGCAAUCCCUGAUUCUGGGGCUCAUGGGAGUCGUCGAUACUUUGUUUCUGCAACAGCGCGAACUGUACGAUACUAUUCAUCGUAAAGAUCUUUUGCUUACUGAUCUGCUUGAAGCUUACGGUAAUAGCAACUACAAACCUAAGCGGCACGCGGCUGAUCUUACCCGAUUCCAGGCAGACGACUGGGCCCGAGACUGGAUCGCACGUACGUACAAUGGCAAAGACGAGCUGUGUAAUGUGGUGAGACGAGCUGUGGACACUGCGCAACCGUUAUGGGGGAUGCAUGCAUUGGGCAAGCACUGGCAAGGAUCAGUUUCUAUUAUUAAUACAGAAGAAGGAUUUACAACAACAACUACUAAUACUACUACUACUACUACUACUACACAACAGCUCCAAGUGCAACGGCCAGUAUCUACAAGUGAAGAAAGUUUCUUUGACAGCUGCGACGAAUCGUUCCGGUUGCUCAUCAGUGCCGACGAUAAAAAACAGGAAAGCAUGGUAGGGGCCAGUAGAACCGAGUCUUCAGCAACCAAUUCACGUAAACGCAAAAGGAAAGAGAAAGAACAAAAACAAAAACAAAAACAAAAACAAAAACAAAAACAAAAACAAGAACAAGAGCAAGAGCAAGAGCAAGAGCAACUUGUAGUGAUUGACUGUUCGAGUGGAAGCGAAACAGAAGACUCGUUUGAACAAGCCAAGAAACAAAAACUAGAAGGAGAAGAAGAGGUCUUGCCUCCAAGCGAACCACCAGAUUUUGCUCUUCCAUUUUCGCAAACAAACUACCAGUACGAAUCGCAAGAUAGUAUGUUCCCCAUAUUUUCCUCACAAGGAUUUUACAGCGAAGAUGCUUCCAACAGUAACUACCAUUUCUACCCACCAGCUGAACAACAAACCCAACCUCACACUUCUCCUCCACGAGGUCCUGGUAAACCUUUGGGCCUUAUAACUCACCGAUCAAGCUUACCUGUGGUUCAAACAUCCGGAAGCCCGUCGCCAACUAAGAUUGGUGGGUUAAGGAAAAUGGGGACAGGUAUAGUUCGACGGAUCUCCCAUCCUAGCGAGACGACACAUAAUCUUCAAGAGAAAUUGGCAGCCACUGCAAAAGACCCACAGUCACGCAGUACAUCUCCGUUGGAAGAGUAUCCGGUUAUUAACAAAAGCAAAGGUAAAAACAAAAGCAGGGCGGUUGAAGUUGAAGUUGAACAAGUAGAGAAGCAGCAGCGAGAAAAACUAGAAAAAGAGUUUCGAAACAAACGUGCAAGAGCUAGUCGCAAGUCCAGGUUUUAA